ACAUGGGGGUCGCUGUUCUUUCAUAAUUAUGUGCUAUAAAAUCUACAAGAUCUUUCUUCUUUCUUAAUUAUUCCAUCUUAAUUUUCUUGACAAUACCGUGCAGCUACUGUUAAAUGGGUUCUAAAGCAGGGGCUCUUUUAAUUCUCCUUAAUCUCAAAUUUCUCGCUUGCGUUUCCUCACACAAGGUACCAGCAUGUUCUCCUCCAAAAGUGCCGUCGCCAUCACCUCCCACCGUACCAAAGAAGCAGGCCAAAUGCCCCGCGGAUACCCUGAAGUUUGGUGUUUGUGGCAGCUGGUUAGGGUUGGUUCACGAGGUUGUAGGGACUAAACCAAGCAAGGAAUGCUGUACCAUCAUUAAAGGUGUCGCGGAUCUUGAAGCUGCAUUGUGCUUAUGCACUGCUAUAAAGACUAAUGUACUAGGAGGUGUCAAACUUCAAGCACCUGUUGCUAUUAGUUUGCUUCUUAGUGCAUGUGGGAAACAGGUUCCUGAAGGCUUCAAGUGUGCAUAGAAUCUCUAUCUUUCCCUAUCUAUUGAUCUUUAGUUUCUGAAUUGAAAUAUGUAGGACAAUAUAUUUCCUACUCCAAGCUCUGUUUUCCUUUUAAUAAAAUCCAUGCUAUGCGAUUGUGUUUCCAUUCCUGAUAACAAUGACUUUCAUUUCCACAUUUAAUAGUUUUAUUGA